UCAACUCCUUCCAUAAUCAUAAACAUCCACUUAAACCCUAAAAUACAUUCUUCAAAUACAUCAUAAUAUUUCAAUCUUAAUCUUCAUAUACUCAAAGACAUGCCAAUAGGGUUCAUGGAACUGCAUCUUCUCAAAGCCAAAGGCCUCAAUGCCACUUGUUUCUUUGGUGGAAUGGAAGAUCCUUAUGUUUUGAUACAAUAUGAAGGCCAAGAGCAUAAGAGCACUGUUGCUAAAGGUAGAGGAAGAAAGCAUAUAUGGGAUGAGAAAUUUAUGUUCAAAGUAGAGAGUUUUGGAUCAAAAGAUAAACACAAAAUCAUUCUCAAGAUUAUGGACAAAGACAGCUUUUCUGCUGAUGACUUCAUUGGACAAACCAUAAUCUAUGUGAAGGAUUUGUUGACUCAAGGUGUAGAAAAUGGAGUUUCUAAGCUUCCACCUCUCAAGUAUAGAGUUGUUCGUGCAGAUCAAUCUUAUCGUGGAGAAGUUGAUGUUGCCAUUACUUUUACUCCAAAGGUGGAAGAUGAACUUAAUAUUGAAGAAGACAUAGGAGGAUGGAAAGAAAGUAACUAUUAUCUAUCUUAGAAUAGCAUGGUCACCAUGUGAAAAUUAUGUGUAGCUUGAAAGUAGUUUUGAAUUUUCAUUUUGUAAUGUCAUUACUUCAUAUUCUUUUGUUUUUUUAGCAAGUGUUAAAGGUAAAAAUGUAAACUGUUAGGUGAUAAUCAGAGUUGUGGUUAAAGGGAUUGUUAGUGAGGUUUAUGGUAGCUAACAGUUGUUACAUGGUACUUCUAUGAUGUUUGUAUUCAUUUGUACUAUUCAAUUCAAUGAGAAUCAUUUCUCAAUUCUCU